CUGCCACAUUCAAUGAUAACGCCGAAUUCAACCCCUCACUCUCCUCUCGUGCUUCCACCGCCGUUGCUCUACUCAUACAUACACUUCAUUCUUCCUCGCAGUUUACUGACUUGACCUUCUGUUGUUGGACGCUGUCUCCUGUCGUCGGGCUCUCUUCUAAACUUUCAACGCAUCAAAAACCGCUUUCGCCAUGUCUCGACCAGAUGAAGAAGAACUCGUAGAUUACGAUGAGGCUGCCGAGGAGACAUUUGCCCCCGCCACCACCACCAAUGGUGCUAAAGCAGAUGGAGACAAGAAGGGCUCCUACGUCGGUAUCCACUCGACUGGUUUCAGGGAUUUCCUCUUGAAGCCAGAGCUUCUCCGUGCGAUUUCUGAUCUCGGUUUCGAGCACCCAUCAGAGGUCCAACAGGAAUGCAUCCCCCAGGCCAUCCUCGGGACCGACGUCCUGUGUCAGGCCAAGUCUGGUAUGGGUAAGACGGCCGUGUUUGUCCUUGCGUCUCUGCAGCAAAUUGAACCCGUCGAUGGAGAAGUCUCCAUUGUGAUCCUUUGUCACACGCGAGAACUCGCUUAUCAGAUUCGAAACGAAUUUGCUCGAUUCUCCAAGUUCAUGACCAAUGUUCGCACUUCCGUCUUUUACGGAGGUACUCCCAUCUCUGCAGACCAAGAAAUCCUGGCAUCGAAAGAGAAGUGCCCUCAUAUUGUCGUCGGAACGCCAGGGAGAAUGAUGGCCCUGGUCAGGGACAAAAAAUUGAAUGCUUCAAAAGUCAAACACUUCGUGUUGGACGAGUGCGACAAGAUGCUUGAACAACUCGAUAUGCGACGAGACGUUCAAGAGAUCUUCCGAGCGACACCGCACCACAAGCAAGUCAUGAUGUUCUCCGCUACACUCUCCAAGGAGAUCCGAACGACAUGCAAAAAGUUCAUGCAGAGUCCUCUUGAGAUCUACGUCGAUGACGAGACCAAAUUGACUCUGCACGGAUUGAAGCAGUACUUCCUCAAGCUCGAGGAGAAGGAGAAGAACAGAAAGUUGAACGAUUUGCUGGACAACCUCGAAUUCAACCAAGUCUGCAUCUUUGUCAAGUCCGUCCCACGAGCCACUCAGCUGGAUGCUCUGCUGCAAGAAUGCAACUUCCCUUCGAUUUGUAUCCACUCUGGUCUCGCUCAGCCCGAGCGUAUCGCCCGAUUCCAACAAUUCAAGGCCUUUGAGAAGCGAAUCCUUGUCGCGACCGACAUUUUCGGACGAGGAAUUGAUGUGGAAAGAGUCAACGUUGUCAUCAACUACGACGCCCCUGCCGAUGCCGACUCUUACCUCCACCGAGUGGGUCGUGCUGGACGUUUCGGGACAAAGGGUCUGGCCAUUUCCUUCGUGUCCAACGAUGCGGAUCAGGAGGUGUUGCAAAAGAUCCAAGAGAGAUUCACGGUCGCAAUACCCACAUUGCCAGACACCAUCGACCCUGCUACGUACAUGACUUCUUAGUCAAAAGGAGAGGAGGUUGCUCUGUUUAUGGCGUAACUUAAAAUCUACCAAAAGCAAGGGAUUCAAGUGACAUGUAUGCUUUCAAUGUGCGUC